CAAGCCCAAGCUGGAGUACCAGAAAGGGUCCAUCCCCAUGGAAGGCCUGACCACAUCAAGGAGAGAUUUUGGACCUCACAAAGUGUUACCUGUGAAGAUCUACCAGCCUGACAAGUUCAUCACAAGUGAAGAGAACAUGGAUCUGCUCACAACAUAUAAACAGGAUUAUAACCCCUACCCUGUCUGUAGAAUGGGCUCCAUCAAGCCUCGGGACAGUAAAUAUCCAUGUGGUGACAAGAUGGAGUGUCUGCCUACUUACAAAGCUGAUUACUUACCUUGGAACCAACCAAGACGAGAGCUGCUUCGUCCAGAACACCAUUACCGGCCAGCAUCAACCAGGUUUGAUAGUAGAACUACACACCAGGAUGACUAUUCUGUAAAGGGCCUAGUGAACACCAUGAGCUGUAAGCCUCUGGCCAUGCCCAAGCUCUGUAACAUACCGCUGGAGGAUCUGACUAAUUACAAGAUGAGCUAUGUGGCCCACCCUAUGGAGAAGCGCUUUGUGUAUGAAGCAGAGAAGUUCAGACCCUGUGAAAUCCCCUUUGAAAGCCUUACCACCCACAAAGAAUCCUACCGGGGCCUGAUGGGAGAGCCAACCAAGAGCUUGAAACCUCCAGCCAGGUCCUGUGGUUUAGACACGACUUUCUCUAACACCACCGAGUUUCGAGAUAAGUACCAAGCGUGGCCCACACCCCAGAUAUUCUCCAAAGUUCCUGUCACUUAUGUCCCUCCUGAAGAAAAGAUGGACCUUCUGACAACAGUGCAGGCCCAUUACACAUACCCUAAAGGUGCCCCAGCUCAGUCCUGCCGACCGGUGCUCUCAGUCAAGAAGGGUGGCCACUUUGAAGGCUCCACUACCACCAAGGACGACUACAAGCAGUGGCCUGGCAUGCGCACAGAGCUAGUCAAGCCUGUUCCCCAGUUGAACAUUCCCACUGAGCCCUUGGAUUGUCUGACCACUAUGCGGGCCCACUAUGUGCCCCACCCACCCAUCAAUACCAAAAGCUGUAAGCCUUCCUGGGUGGGCCCCCGAGGAAAUAUCCCCGUGGAGGGCCAGACCACAUACACCAUCAGCUUUACUCCCAAGGAUGUGAGCAGGUGCCUGGCUUCAUACGCUGAGCCCCCUGGCUACAUCUUUGAGGAAACAGAUGCUUUGGGGCACAGGAUAUACAGGCCAGUUUCCCAGACAGGCUCUCAGCAGGACAGCCGUCUUUCUGUAGAUGAUUCAGAAAACCCUAACCAGCGGGAAUUGGCAGUGUCAGCCUGA